CGAAGACGUUCUCUUUGGAGGGAGAACCCUCGAGCACUCCACGUCUGAAAAUAUUUCAUUUUUUGAUAAUUUCUUCCAUGUGCAAAGUGGCCACUGGGUAAAAAUGUUUAGCUAAGUGUCUGGUUCGGUUGGAAUUGGGCUUUUUGGCCAUGAUGGAGGGCGAAUGUGAGAGCAUUUUGUAAAAACUAUAGGUGACCGGCAAAAAUGCAAAAAGGAGACGCAGAGGACUCUACUAAGCGGUCACCAGCUGCUGGUAGUGUAAGCCAGCCCCAGCAAGCAGUAACUGUCACACCAGCUGUACUUGCAUCAGGUCGUAUUCAAGCUCUGACGGGUCUAGGUGGACAGCAGACUGCUAUUGGUGUUCUGCCCGCAGUAAGUGGAGUGAAUCUACCAACUGUGAGUUUCACUCUUCCCAGAACCAUUUCAGCAGCACAGUCUUCUGCCCAAACCUUGCAUCUGCCAGCAUCUUCUUUGUCUAACAGUCGUCUUGUUUCUCCUCAAACUAUCAACAUAAUUCAAAGACAACUUUCUUCAGGUGUCGUAGGUUUGUCCACUGUCUCUGCUCAAGGCUUGCAACAAGUUCUUCAGGCCUCUGGCUCCCCUCUCACAUUUGUUACUGCAACAAGCCCCGAAGCUGCAGCUGCCAUUGAGGAGCAGCAGCGGAAAGUGCGACUGCUUCAACAGCAGCGGUUAAAGCAACUGCAGCAUGCUGGUAGUGCGUCAAGCAGCAGCGGUGGCACCAUCCAUCACUUGGCCCAAUCUGGCUCAACCAACCCUGUCUCCAACCCCAACCAGCUCAACAGCAUAUCACUGAUAGCUACAAACAUGAGUGGGACACCUCACAACACCUUGCUGUCAGCAGGGCUCAAACGCUCCCUGACUGCUCCCGCAGCAGUGUCAACGGGUACCCCCUCAUCAGCUUCGGCUAACGUGGCCUCCAUGUCUCUCAUUUCAAAACUUGUGCCCCAACAGAACGUGACUGUGGUCACUGCUGCUAGUGGUGUGCGGGGUGCCGGGUCCUCCUCAGCAGGUGGGCCUUCACCAAAGAAGAUCAAGUUAGAGGAAAAGCCGGCUCCGAACAAAGAAAUAGAGAACCUACGAAAAUCUGUGAUCAGUCACAAGAGACAAAAGAUGAAGAUGGUUAAGUCCAGAUAUAGAGGACAUCUUACUGAACUGUUUUAUUUGCAGGGUGGGGGGAACAUGAUUGAAUUCAACACGUGGAAAAAAAGACCGUCUCAGCCACUUUUGAAUUUUUUGGAAGGAAGUAAACUGGAUAGUGAUGAUGAUGAUGAGGAGCUUCAAGAGAAGCGGAUCAAUGAUGAGGUCAAAGUGUUGACCAGUGCUGGCAGUAACAUCCCUCUGGCCACACCAGUGGCUAUUUCCACCACUCUCCCCCCAUCUGUCACAGCCCUAAGUCAACAAGGUAGUAGCGAGUCCGUAGCCUCUUUCCCAUCAUUCACCAACUACAACACUAACCCCAAUACAACACUGGGCUCUCACGCUUCUGGGAUAGACGACUUUCUCAGACAGCUCACUGCCUACGUCAAGGGUACUGAAAAGAACGUCGUGGUUGGUGGCAAGCAUGUCACUGUGUUGCCAUCUUGCUCUUCAUCUGCUCGCCCCAUCUCACACCUCUCAGCUAUGAAUUCAUCAACCACAACCACUGCCAGCCUGACAACAACACCUCUGACCACAGCCACAACAUCGGAGUUGCAACAGCACUUAUCAGGCAAAAGUACAGAUAUCAAGCCCAACUUACAUGCUUUGAAGAGUGGAACUGCUUUCAGUCAACAAAUCCCAUCCAAAGGCAUCAAAUCAACAAAUGUGUCCCCUGGAAGAGGAAGGCAUUCCAUUUCUUCUGUCUAUGAAAAUGUGACAGGCGGCUCUCAGGAUGUCAUUGUGGAGAGAGCAAAGCAGGAAGCUCAGGUGCUUCAGAGAGUGACUGAGUUAAGGAAAGAGGGCCUUUGGUCUGCCAAGCGUUUGCCACGUGUGCAGGAGCCACCACGACAAAAAGCCCACUGGGAUUAUCUGUUGGAGGAAAUGACGUGGUUAGCUGCUGAUUUCAUCCAGGAGCGCAAGUGGAAGAAAGCUGCUGCAAAAAAACUGGCAAGAAUGGUCUCAAAUCACUUCAAAGAGCAAGAGCAAAAAGAACUUCGAGCAGAAAAAGAGGAGGGUAUAAAGCUGAAGAAAAUUGCUAGUCAGAUGGCCAAAAUGGUGAAAGAAUUUUGGACAAAUAUUGAGAAGGUUGUACAGUACAAGCAAACAACUCGGCUGGAAGAAAAGAAGAAAAAGGCCUUGGAUCUCCACCUCAGUUUCAUUGUUGAUCAGACAGAAAAAUAUUCUUCAUGGUUAACAGCAGGUCUUCAGAAUACUGAUGGCAGUCACACGCCGUCUUUGGCGUCAGAUGCAGAAAAUACAGUGGACAAUGGAGAUGUCGAGUUUCACCCUGUUGGCACAGCCAGUGAUGAUGAGGAAACCAUAGAGAGAGAGGAGAUAGAAUCAGGAAUUGAUGAGGAUGCUACAAAGAAGGAAGUUGAAGCACUACAAAUGGAGAGUGAACUUCCUCUUGAAGAAUUGCUAAAGACUUUGCCAAGAGAAAUGCUGGAUAAGCCUUCUGGGGAGCUGCCAUCUUUUGGAGAAGAGGAUAAUGUUAGUGAUUCAUUGUCUUCCCAGGGGAAAGAUGGAGACUUCAAAGCAGAUGAUGAAGUUGAAGAGGAUGCUGAGGAAACCAUUGAGGAACAAGAAAAGCAUGAAAAAAAGGACUAUUCAGAGGAGUUGGGCGAUCUUAAAGCUGAAGGUGAAAUGAGUGUGGAAGAGCUCAUGAAAAAGUAUGCAGGAGCAUAUGAUAGUGACUUUGAAAUGCCAGAGGAAAGCUCAGGAGAGGAAGACAGUGAUGACGAGGAUGAUGAAGAAUCAUCAGAGUCUGAAAAGGAGUCGGAGUCUUCGGAGGAAGAAGCUGAAGCUCCAAGUGAUACGGAGCCAAAAGAGGAUGGAAACGAUGAGCAAAAGAUGGAUGAGAAACAGGAAGACAUGGGGUUGGAGUUCCUUGUCAAGAAAGAAAAUGCGCAGCCUAAGGGUGAUGAGUCCAGUACAGAAGGGCCUGGAAAGGAGUUCAAUGAUAUUGCAGCUGCUGCCCAGAGCUUACAGCCGAAAGGAUAUACUCUGGAGACCACUGAGGUGAAGACCAAAGUGCCUUUCCUGUUGAAGCAUACACUAAGAGAGUACCAGCACGUUGGCUUGGACUGGCUUGCCACAAUGCAUGAUAAAAGACUCAAUGGGAUCCUUGCUGAUGAAAUGGGUCUCGGCAAGACCAUCCAGACCAUUGCCAUGUUGGCUCAUCUUGCAUGUGACAAAGGUGUCUGGGGUCCUCACCUCAUAGUUGUACCCACAAGUGUAAUGCUCAAUUGGGAAAUGGAGUUCAAGAAAUGGUGUCCGGCCUUCAAAAUACUCACUUACUAUGGCAGUAUCAAGGAAAGGAAGCUCAAAAGACAGGGAUGGACAAAGACGAAUGCAUUCCAUGUUUGCAUCACCUCUUACAAGUUGGUCGUGCAAGAUCAUCAGGCAUUCCGAAGGAAAAAGUGGAAGUACUUUAUUUUAGAUGAAGCUCAGAACAUAAAAAAUUUCAAGUCUCAGCGGUGGCAAAUGCUGCUCAACUUUUCCAGUCAGCGCCGACUACUUCUAACAGGAACUCCGCUUCAAAACUCUCUGAUGGAGCUCUGGUCACUCAUGCACUUCCUUAUGCCUAAUGUGUUCCAGUCUCACUCUGAGUUUAAGGAGUGGUUUUCUAAUCCUCUCACUGGAAUGAUAGAAGGGAGUCAGGAGUACAAUGAAAGUUUAGUCCGACGGCUGCACAAGGUUUUGAGGCCCUUCCUUCUCAGGCGUCUAAAGAAUGAAGUAGAGAAGCAGAUGCCUCAGAAGUUUGAGCAUGUUGUCAUGUGCCGACUGUCCAAGCGCCAGAGGUAUCUCUAUGAUGACUUCAUGUCACAGACAAAAACUAAGGAGACUCUAGCCACAGGCCACUUCAUGAGUGUGAUCAACAUCCUGAUGCAGCUGAGGAAAGUCUGCAACCACCCAAAUCUGUUUGACCCACGGCCCAUUGUUUCACCUUUUAAAAUGGAAGGACUUGUCUACAAGACUGCUUCUUUGGCUACAAGAGUGCUUGAACAUGAUCCUUUCAAUGAUAUUGACAUCUACUCCUUGUAUCCUAACUUGGCUGAAAUGGAGUCAGAUCUCCCUGCUUUUGUGUCACAACGGGUGAAACAACUGAAAGCCACAGGCAAAUUGAUUGAAGAGGUGGAUGACGCUGUUGACCCUCCUCCCCGGCCACCGGUUGGUCAACUGAAAAAUGUGAGAGGGGCUGCAUCAGCGUUUUUACAGACUGGAAAAGUAUCACCAAUGGUGGUCUCGUCUGCCUCACAGUCCAGGCCAGCUUCACCCCUUACAUCAGCAAAAACUACGGCUUCAAGUGUGCAAUCAACACCCACCACUGUAAAUAGCAUCAAACUGCUGCUCCCGCCCCCGUCAUCAUCCUCCUCGGGUACUCAGCAGUCCAUCCUCAUCCCUAACCCCAGUGGAUCUGGGCCCCCUCUCAUCCUACCCUUGUCUGGAUCUUCCAUCACAUCGUCUUCAUCCUCUCCUACGUCGGCAGCAAUUGCUUCUGCAAAGCUCAUUUCAUCUCAGCUGCAAAGUGGUGUUUUGCAACUUGUGCAGACUUCCUCAGGUCAUCAGAUUCUCACCUCUGUUAGUACUACCUCGGCAUCUGCAUCAACAGCAUCAGCUGUCACCACCACGUCCUCAACAAGUACCAGUCUAUCACUGCUGAAGCUGUCUUCGGUGCUGUCUCAACCCAAGCCUGUGAUGCGUGUGUCACCUUUUGUUGUAUCCUCUAGUGAAUCGAGCACUUCAUCUGCUGUUGCCUCACAAAGUUCCUCAGUUUCCACCUCUGUGAUGUCCACAACCACCACCAGCAAGUUGUCAAACUCUUCUAGUGUAAAGCCCGUCCCAAAGAAGCCCAUAAAGCGCUCAGAAUUGUUUGUGGAGUCAGUUUACCGCAGGAAGCAAGAGCGUCGUCAACAUGUCCUUUCUCACAUGGCAAAGCUUAAUCGUAUGCGGUGUGAUGCUUCUCCUCCUUUGGGACCAGAUGUACAGCAUGCAGUCAACUGUAUUGGAAGCCUUGAUCCUUAUGACUUGUCUUCCUCCUCUUUGCCCGCCGGCUCUCACCCUGUGGAAAGGAGCCCGGCUCAGCGGCAUUGUGGUUAUGUCGACUGCUUGUUCGCUCAGAAUCGUUGCUGUAAUCAUAGUAGGCCAGAUCUCUUCUGGAGAGAGACCAAAUACCUCCAGAGCUUGGUGAAGUCUCCAGAAGAAUGGCUACAUCAGUUACAGGACAUCCUGUCACGGUUUGUGUUUGUGACUCCGCCUGUGAUCUCCCCUGCUGUGUGUAUGCGAGUCUCCCAUCCCUGUCAAUCUUCCGAGUCCCACAAGCAGUGGCUGGAGACAAGACUGAGGCCGGAAGUCUUAACGCGCUCUGCCUUGCUGCAUCCAAUACAGUGUAGAACAAGUGUUACAUUCCCAGAACUCAGACUUAUACAGUAUGACUGUGGUAAACUCCAGACGCUUGACCUGUUGUUGCGACAGUUGAAGUCUGGACAGCAUAGGGUUCUUAUUUUCACUCAAAUGACCAAGAUGUUAGAUGUAUUAGAGGCUUUCCUGAACUUCCAUGGCCAUAGAUAUCUCAGGCUUGAUGGGACCACCAAAGUGGAACAACGACAGUAUUUGAUGGACCGCUUCAACGCUGAUCCCAGAAUCUUCUGCUUCAUUUUAUCAACACGUUCCGGGGGUAUUGGUGUGAAUCUGACAGGGGCAGACACAGUCGUCUUCUACGAUAGUGACUGGAAUCCAACAAUGGACGCCCAGGCUCAGGACAGAUGCCACAGGAUAGGCCAGACGCGAGAUGUCCACAUAUACAGACUUGUCAGUGAAAUGACAGUGGAGGAAAACAUCUUGAAAAAAGCCAAUCAGAAAAGGUUGCUUGGAGAUCUUGCCAUUGAGGGAGGAAAUUUCACCACUGCUUUCUUCAAAGAGCAAACCAUCAGUGACUUGUUUGCUGAGCCAUCAGGACUCGAGUCGCUCAUGGAAGAUAAAGAAAAGCAGCAGAAAGAAAAGGACAAGUUCAGAGAAGAAAAGGAGAACGAGAGAAUGAAAGAGAGGGAAAGACAAAAGGCUGAAGAAAAGUCCAAAGCAGAGCAGGCAGCAUCGAGUAAAGGUGAAACAGAGAAAGAGGAGACGAAAAAAGAUGCCGCCAUGUUGUCGCAGUUUGAACAGGCUCUUUGUAAAGCAGAAGAUGAGACAGAUGCACAGGCCGCACAACUGGUCCAGGCAGAGCAGAAGGCAGAGCUAGCAGAGUUUGAUGAAAACAUUCCAUGGGAUGAGCGAGAGGCUGAGAUGAGGAAAGAUGAGGAUGAAGUGUCCAAGGUGGAGAUGGAGUUGGCAAUGCUUGAUAAAGAGCUCACUCCCAUUGAGCGCUAUGCAGUGACGGUCAUGGAAGCUCAGAUGGAACCUGAGACUGCUGAGGAACUGAAAAUGGCUGAGGAGGACAUAGAAAAUUCCAAGAAAGAUUGGGAGCUGGCCAGGCUGAAAGCUCUGAAGGAGGAAGAGGAACGUAAAGCUGAGCUGGAAGAAGAUGAGAUGCUGUACAUUUACUCCAAGGAUGACUCUCAGAUGUUCAUAUCGGAUCUUAAUGGAGAGGAAAUGCCGAUGUGGUGUCCACCAACGCCCCCUCAAGAUGACAAUGACAUCUACAUGGAGGAGACCCUGAGCUUUUUGUACGAGCCCCGAGUGAUGCAGGAGCAGUCGCUGCCGCCAGUCUACGUACCGAAGGCUCUCAAGAAGCCCAAGAUAGAAACCAUCACCACUCGCAAACAAAAACAACGCAAAGAGGAGCAGCCCCGAGUGCCGAGGUCGCUGUUUGACAAACCCAAGGACGUGGUCAUGAAGCAGAGGCGAGAUGCGAAGAUGCAGAGGCUGCGACAGAAUCUGCAGCAGGUCCCGGCGAAAAUGAUAGCGGGCCGUGCCACGCUGGGCCAGCAGCAGCAACAAGCCACGCCGCAGCAGAUUGUGCCCAAACCCGAGCCAGACCCCAACUACCCCGAGUGGUUGGUGCAUGAGGAGUGGGCUCUCCUUGAGGCUGUGCAGCACAUCCAGAAGUUGAGCCCUGACCUUCUCAUGGACAACCCGGCUCAAAUCGUCAACUGGGACUUUGUCUCAGACUUUGUCAGCACUGUGGGGCGCAUCUUCCGAGCCGCCAAACACUGUCGUUACCAGUACGAGUGUGUUGUGCUCCCCAGAGAAGAUGGGAAAAUUGUCUACAACAUUAAACAGAAGAAGACCCCUAAGAGUAUCUAUAAGACCAAGAACGUACGUCCACUGCGUACGGAGCAGCUGUACUCGCAGGAAGGGCUGAAGAACUACUCUCACCUGUAUGACAACCGCUUCACAUCCAUGAUGGAGAUUGGCUCCAAGCGACCCGCAGCAAUGAGGCAGACCAUUGUCAAUCCUGCGGCCAAGCCGACGAAGCACGCCGUUAUCCUGGCCGAACACGGCAUCAACUACGAUAACCCGAUGACCCCCAGCCAGCUGGCCACCAAACGUGCCGAGAGGAUUGCAGCCGACAAGAAGAAGCAGCAGCAGCAGCAGCAGCAGCAAGCUCAGCAGCAGGCCCAGGCAGCCUCAGCGAAUGCCAGCCAGGAUGCUGCGGCUGUGGCACAGAGAACUGGCCAGGCUGGUCUGGCUGCUGCUCCUGGGGUCACUCCGACCAUCCAAGGCCAGCCACUCUCCUCCAUUGUUUCCGUCACACCCACCACUGUCAUUCCAGGUCAGAUGUCCAAGGUGGGCCUGAGGACGCUGGGAGCGGCAACAGGGAACAUCAUAGUGAACACGUCGACGGGUCUGCAGUCUGGACCGUUUGCUGCCAUCAACAAGAGAAUGUCACAGGCCGCUGCCUUGCCCUCCACCAUUGCCGUGUCUGCCAACCUGACCCCCGCCAUCCGUGGCCAGCGUCCGGCGGUGACGGUCACUCCCACCAUCACCAUGCAGGACCUGACAGCUAUCCCGGGCACCACCACAGCGGUCACCGUGGCCUCACAGGCUGCUGCGGCCGCGGCUGCUCGGUCAGCACUCCAGACCACCGUGGCCUCCUCCAGUCUCGCAGCAGGUCAGCUAACCACCCAAAAGUUAGCAGCUAUCGCUGGCCCUGGGACUCUCCAACCUCAGUUGGUACACGCGACCCGAAGCCUGACCCCGCACCAGAUCAACAUUCUGCGCCAGAACCAGUCCAUCAUCCGCACACAUGCGGCGGCAGCGGCUGGCACACAGCAGAUCCGCACACAGAAGCUGCUCAGUCAGGAACAGUUGCGAGCCCAGCCGUUGAAGCAUCCCACGCAGAAAGUGAUCACACAGCAGCUGCUGGUACCUGUCAGAGGUGGUCAGUCCAUCCUGCAAGGAGCUAAGCAAGGUCUAAUACGUACAACCAUCCCCAAGAUGACGGACGAGCAACUUCAGGCUCUGAGAAUGAGGACCCAGAUCCAGACCCAGACUGGAAAGCAGAUUCAGACAGCCCAGAUCAUCCAAGGCCAGGUGACUCCUGUUGGUCAGUCUGCAGCCUCCACCUCUCAGUCCCCGGUGGCCCUGGUCAAGUCUGUGUCGGCCUCCCCGGCGGUGACAGUGCCGGUCAAUAUCCCAGUGUCCAGCAUCAGCGUGGGUCAGCAGAGGACUGUACUAGCAUCCCGGGCUACCACAGUGAGCCAGAUCCAACAGCAGCAACGCAUGCAGCUCCUACACCAACAGAGGAAAGGAGUCGGUCAGCAGAAAGUGGCAGGUCUGAGUGCUGGCAAAGCCAACCAGUUCCCUCAGCUGCUGAUCCAGCAGAACAGUGUGAGCAAGCAGUUUGUGCACCAGUUCCUCAACAAGAACCCGGGCACCAUCCAGCAGAUCAUCACCCACAGCUCCCAGCCCACCAUCAUCACACAGGUCUCACAGGCUGGGGGGCAGCCCAUCACGCAGAUGGUGGCAAAGGUUUCCCUCACCUCUGGUAACCAGACCAUAACCCCGGGCACCCCCAUCACGGUGACCCACGUGAGCACGACGUCUGCGGGCGGGGUCGGGCUGAGUCUGACGCCACAAGGGGCGGUGAAGACAGCCACCAUCACCUCCCUGGACGCUGGCAGUAUGGUCGGGGCCGUGGCGGGCAUCCAGGUGCACUCGGUGCAGCCCGGGCAGAAGACGGUGCCGGGCCUUACUCAGAGCCUGGUCACUGCACAGACUGUUCAGGUGCAGCAGGCAUCUAGCGGCUCAGGGCCACAAGCCACGCAGUUCUUACAGGUGACCCCAGCUACAGUGCAGAGUCAAGGGUCGAGCAGUGGACAGCCCCAGCAAGCCACGGUGACGGUCCCCGCUGGGCUGGUGGCCGCCUCAGCUCUGAGAGCCACCCCAACGCCACCCACGGCCAACCCUCGCUCAGUCACGCCCACACAGAUCAGCCUGGUGUCCGCGCCUGUUCCUGCCGCCAGCAUUGCUUCAGUGCAGGUUCAGCCGGCUCCAGCUGCAACAAGUGAAGUUGUGGCCACCACAGCACAGGUGAUAGCGCAGAAUGUGCCGGCCCCGGCUGCCAUGGCCACUGUUGUCACCCAGACCAGCCAACCGGACUCCUCACAGGCUGGCGCUGGACAGAAAGCCUCACCGUAUGCCAUGAGAACUCGCAAUACAAAACAUUGAGCUGUAGUAGUUAUUUCCGGGGUAGAUGACCAUUUGAAUUUUAUUUUUUUUAUUAUGUAAAUUUCUCUCUUGUCUUGUCGCGAUGUAGACUUAAUUGUAGGCUUAGAAAUCGGGGAUAGUUGGUUGGGGCUUGUAUUGAAUUGGCUUGAUAGAUGAAGGAGCAUCAUCUUCAGCAAUUUCUAGACGUGAGAAAAUGCUGGAUCUCUUUUGUCUAACUUUUUAAUAAAAAUCUUAUUCACUUUAUAUUUUUAUGGACUUAAUGUAACUAUUUCUUUUUGUUAACUGUUUAGUAAGGUCCUGAAGUUUUUGCCUGUAUAACUAGCUUGUGAUGUGCCUGGUAAUACAUAACAGAUUUAAUCAAAAUUGAAAACAAUGAAGCUUAUGGUUAUUGUGAACAAGCGUAUGGGAUGUUGAUACAACAAAUUUAAAAAAUGGUUAAUGAGUUCAAAGUUGCAGAUUGCUUUGAAAGCAUACACCUUUUUAACUCCUUUCAGCCAGAAUUAAUUUCAUUGAUUUUCCUGAACAGCCAGAAUUAAAUCAGUGCUGUCAUUUGUGUAAGUUUUUGUAACACCAACAUUUUUGGAUUUAGAUUUGCCUCGUUCACCAUGCCAAAAAUUGAACCAUCCGCAAUAUUGGGGAAGCAGAUACUGAGACUGAAUGCAGUAAAAGCAGUUGUGUUGUAGAGAAAUUUGAUGCACACUCUUGAUGUGGAGAGUGACUUAGAUUCUAGAUCUAAUAUUUCCAUUGACACAACGUGUUGUCACUCGAACGAUAAGCCUACAUGGGACAAAUUUUGUUCAGAAAAGAAGUAUCACUAUGUCUUGACCAGUAUUAUUAAUAUGGAUUGGGGGAGUGGACGGAAAAGGGUAUCUAAUAAGGGGAUGUAAAAACAAGCUCUGCGUCAUUCUGGUUCUGGCUGAUAGGAGUUACACUUUUAUUUCUCAUCAUUCCUCAAGUAUUUUCCUUCAGCUGGGUGUUCUGUCUAGGGAUCAAGAGCGCUGGCUUUGAACCAGUGUGUUCAGAGUCUAAUAUUUGUUUAAAUUUCCACCAGCAUACCGAUACUGAUAAAGGUCAUGAACCUCAUAGCCAUAACAGGACUUCUCAUUUUGCAAGAUGAUCCAGAUGAAAAUUGGACAGAAUAAUCUUGGUCAUUCCUUCUCAAGCGAAACAUGUUUCCGGUAUGGUAUUCGAGGUGUAGCCUGAAGAUUGUACAAAAGGCUAAAAAAGUACUUUGCUGUGAAAGUGUGUGCAUAUGGUGUUCGAGUUUUUGAAAUUAUGUGCAUUUUAUUAGUGUAUUUUUGUGUCGUAUAAUUAUGUACAGUAGGAGGUGCCCAUCCUUUGAAUUUUGAAUGAAUUGUAUGUGCAAGUGAUGAUAUGGUAUUGCAGAAACUUACUUGUUGGAAGUUGAGUAUGAGGAAAUGGAUUAGGGUGUAAUAAUGCUCUGCAUAUACUGUUUGUCAAUUUACUGGCUUACUGUAAUGUUCUGUAAAAAUGGGGAAUCUUAUUCCCCCCAAGUUUAUGGCAAAUUUCUGUUGUUUUGUACUUUUAUUGCCUUUGAGAAUAAAGUAUAUCGUACAUCAGA